AUGGCUUCCUCCGGAUCGUCCAAACCGCCGGAGGAUACGUCCAAGCUGGGCUACUCGUACGUAACGCCCGCCGGAAUGUGUCUCCGGUUGCGCCAGAGUCUCGCCCAGUUUAGCGACCUGUUCAGCGAGUUUAACAAAUACAUCGCCCCAGCGUAUCACCAUGACCGGUGCGAACGGUCCGUCCAUAUGCGGCUGUACUCGAUGAACAAGCGCGAGUUUGCCACCGUCUUUCUGGCGUUCUUUGCCUGCUUCGGGCUGGGCAUAUUUAUCGGGCUCGCCGGUCCACCAAUUACGGUAAUGAGCAAGGUGAGCGGCAGUUCGCUACAGCCCAACGUGACCACAACACCGGACGCGCCGAGCAACUAUCUUGCGCGCGGACCGUUUGUGAUGCGUACGCCGCUACUGACCACCUACUCCCAGCAGCUGUGGAUUAUCGCCAAGCUGACGACGGACAACACCGACGACGAGAUGGUGGAUAAGAAGUUCCACAUCAGCGUACAGAUCGAAGGCCUCACGGCGGAACACAAACCGAUGCCGGUGUACGGCGGUACGCACAAUGGUGGGGCGGAUGUGAAAAAUCGCACCCGCCAUCUUUCCUGCAGCUAUGAGGAGUGCGACGAAUUUACCGUGCUGCAUAUCGGAUUUCUCGACUACGCGCACUACAUCGUGACGGUGCAUUUUUACGGCCUGGAAGCGUUUCACCAGCGGUACAACAUACGGACCGUACAGUUUUACUUCAAAUCGUACAAUCCCGCCUUCACGCAGAUCGAGAUCUGGUUCCGGUUCAUCUUCGUGUUGUUUACCUUUAUCAUCACGUGCUGGUUCGCACAUACGCUGCGAAAAUAUCCGAUGAACGAUUGGUCGAUCGAGCAGAAAUGGCUCUCGAUAUUGUUACCGCUGUUGCUGCUUUUUAACAAUCCCAUCUUUCCUCUUAUCUUUAUCGCCAACAAUUGGUUCCCGGGUAUAAUCGAUGCGCUUCUUCAGACCACAUUUCUCUGUGGUAUACUCAUGUUCUGGCUCUGUGUGUAUCAUGGAUUGCGGCAAAAUGAGCGCAAAUUACUCACAUUCUAUUUGCCGAAGCUGAUCGUCGUGCUUCCCAUCUGGCUGUGUGCGGUCGUGUUGGGUAUUUGGGAGAAGUGCGACGAGCUGAACGAUCCUACGUACAGUCACUUUGAGGAUUCCGAAAACUACAACGGAUUGAAGGUGUUUGUUUCGAUUGCCGGUGCAAUGUACUUACUGUAUUUGGGACUUUUGAUGCUGAAAGCAUAUUCGGAGUUGCGAUCGAUGCCAUACUUUGAUAUGAGGCUAAAGAUCCUAACGCUGCUGAUGUUGAUUGUACUAUCGAUUUCUCUCAUCGUAACGAUGCAACACUUUGGAUUCGACACACUGGAGGAUAACUUUAUCGCUCAGCUGUACACCAGCUACAAGAGCUCGGCACAAUUUAUGUGCUUCUAUGGGUUGUUAAAUUUUUAUCUCUAUGCAAUGGCCUAUGUCUAUUCGCCCAGUGGUCCCGCUGUGCAUGAACCGAUCAUAGCGAAAGAUAAUCCUACGUUUUCGAUGAUCAACGAUUCAGACGAAGAAGUGAUGUACGGCUCGGACGAGGAAAGCCGUAGACCGUUGAAUUCAGCCUGCCGUAAGGGAAACGAUUAUGAUAGUGAUUAA